AGAACUAAUUGUCUGCACGCGCCUACUGUGGAGAGUUCAAAAGAGGAAGAUUUUCCCAUUUACAAAAUAUAGAGUAGGAAGGGCCACAGGAAGAGGGCUAGUACGUGCACACCAUACAAAAACCAGGGUUGCCACUCGUCUGGAAAACCGGGAAAACCGGGAAUUGUCAGGAAAUUUGAAAGCUGUCAGGGAAAUCAGGGAAAUGUCAGGGAAUUAGGAAAAGAGUAGUCAAAUGUCAGGGAAUUUAAUGGUUAGUGGUUAGCUCUCAAUUCGGGCAUAUAUUCCAGAAACACAGAUUUGGGUAUUUAUUUUGUAAAAUUUGCAUGUUUGUAAUACCAAAAUAAAUAACUUUACCGGAAGAAUUAUGCAACUCGUGUAGUGUUUGUUCUGAAAACGUAUUUUUAUUUGAUCUACUCCGAUUUCGACCGUGCCUGCGACAACAUUUUCGAAAACUCAGAAUCGAUUGUACAAGUGUUCAUAUUCCAUUUUCGAUUGUUUCAGUCUAUUGACUAUCGAAUGUGAUAUAAAAAUGGCGACCGCAUCUUUGAUUGUAGUGAUGUGCCCGUGGAUUUGUAUUGAUUAAUUAAAGAAAAGAGUUCCUAAGAAGAAAACGUGAAAAGAUGUCACUCUCAAAGUCCAGACUUACUGAGUUUAAUGAUGGCUGGCUUUGUGAUCAACGGUUUCAGCCAUGGCUUCAAAAGGUUGAGAAAGACAAGCAUGUCUUCUUCUGCUCUUUGUGUCGGAGCACUCUCAGUUUAAGCAACAUGGGAAAAAGAGCAGUUACAAGUCAUCUCAAUGGUCAGAAACAUAAGUCUCGUUCUCGGGUAAAUAGUGAAUGUGAUCUGAGAAUUUUUCUAAAAAAAAGUAACACUGAUGCAAGUACUAGUUCUCAGGCGUCUUCAAGAUUUAGUCAAUCUGAGGAAAGUUUGCAAGAGAAUAAAUGUGCAAAAGAUGUUAAUGAAAGUGAAAAUUUGUCAUUCUUAAAUACAAAAGAAAUUGUCUCCCAACAGUCUGUUACGUCUCGUCCAUUGCAGUCAUUCUUAUUGAAAAAUGAAAAUACCAAAGCCGAUAUAUUAUGGUGCCUUCUAGUUGUAAUGAAUCAUUGGUCAGUGAAUUCUGCAGGGAAAGCUGUUCAAGUUUUCAAAGCUAUGUUUAGCGAUAGUUCAAUAGCCAUGAACAUGCGUCUUCAACGCACAAAGAUUUCAUACACCAUAGUUUAUGGUUUAGCUCCAUAUUUUCACAAGGAGUUAUUGCAAGAAAUUUCUCAGUGUGAUUUCUUUGUCAUUUCUUUUGAUGAAUCACUUAAUAAAAUUGCCCAGAAAGAACAGAUGGACAUUGUCAUUCGCUUUUGGAGCAAAUCUAAGGACACUGUAAGUACACAUUAUUUCACUUCAGUUUUUUUGGGUCAUACAACUGCUGCUGACCUUAUACGAUCUUUUAAAGAGGCAGUAUCAGAACUAGACUUACGAAAGCUAAUGCAAUUAUCCAUGGAUGGGCCAAAUGUGAAUAUUAAGUUUUUGGCAGACUUAAAAGUAGACUUGAACAGAGACCCUUCAGAUCAUGUGAUAAUGGAAAUUGGCUCGUGUGGGUUGCAUACUCUUCACAAUGCUUUUAAGGUCGGAAUGAACAGUUGUGAAUGGAAAAUUUUUCAUUUUUUGCAUGCUAUUUACAACUUUUUCAAGGAUCGGCCUGCAAGAAGGAGUGACUACACAAUGUUUUCUGGAUCAACAAAAUUUCCAGUUAAAUUUUGUAAUGUGAGAUGGCUUCAGAACUUUGAGGUAGCACAGAGGGCCCUUGAAAUUAUUCCCAACUUGAAGAAGUAUGUAGAGGGAGUUAAGGAAAAUAAGAAGGAACCAGUUAUGUCUGGUAGCUAUGCAGCAAUGGUAGGAGGUAUACGUGACAAAUUGAUGCCUGCUAAAUUAGCUUUCUUUUGUUUUCUUGUGAAGGAAAUAGAAGACUUCUUGGAGUGCUUUCAAACUGAUGCCCCUAUGGCACCCUUCUUACACACAGAACUCACUAACAUUCUUAUGUCCUUGAUGAAACAUUUUGUGAAGCCUGAGACAAUAAGUUCCAAGAGUAUAGCAAGCAUUGAUUUGUCAAAAUCUGAAGCUCUGUUACAUGCAAAGAAGGUAGAUGUAGGGUAUGGUACACGUGAUGCUCUAAGACAAAUAGAUUCAGUUAAAGAAAUUGACAUUCUUUCUUUCAAGCAGGACUGCCGCACAAUUCUCCAAACAACGUGCAAGAAAAUUAUAAUCAAGUCUCCUUUAAAAUUCAAGCUUGCGAAGGGUAUUACUUGUUGUGAUCCACAAAUGAUAGUGAAAUUGCCCCAAAUAGCUGAGCAGCGUUUACAGAUGUCAUUAGAAGUGUUUGUAGAAAACAACUGGCUGUCUGGUUUGGAAGCACAGAAAAUCCACUCUAACUUCAAAGAAGUCUUUCAGAGUCCAGAAAUGUUAGCAGAUUUAAAGAAUUUUCGUCAAAAAGAAUCUAGGUUAGAUGAGUUCUGGACAAACUUUGUAGUGAAGCAUGAUACAUCCAAAGAACUAGUAACAUUUAUCAAAAUGGUAUUGGUAUUUUCGCAUGGUAAUGCAAGUGUAGAACGUGGGUUUUCAGUUAAUAAAGAUUGUCUUGUUGAAAACAUGCAUGAGAGGUCUCUGAUUACACAAAGACAAGUUUGGGAUGGAGUGCAAGCAUCUGGUGGAGUUGUACAAGAUUUGAAUAUUACAAAGACUAUGAUUCUGUCUGCCCGCAAUGCUCAUAGUAAAUAUCAGGAUGCACAGACUGAACAGAAGAAAAGUAAUGAAGAUAAAGAAAAAGAAAAGGAUGAGAAGAAAAGGGUUGCAGAUAUUAAAAAUGAUCUUGAAAUGCAAAAAAAGAAGAAACUGGAAGAGUUGACCCUUGUUGAUGAACAAAUUCGUGGCCUUGUGAAGAAAUAUUAAAUUGGGAUUUUAAUCAUUGAGAAGUGUGGAAGUUGUGUAAAUACUUGUGCUUAAGUGAACUAAGUUUUAUGUUAAAUGUCUUAAAAAUGUGCAUCAAAAAAUGUAGAUCUAUGUUACUGUGUGGGAAGCAUUAAGUUUUCAACAAACUGUAAAGCAUAAACUUAUGUUUUACUACUGCAAAAAUUUUUCUGAAUGGAUGAAUUAAUGCUGUUGGUGCUCAGACAGGUAAGGAAUUAAUUAUACAACUAUAUGUUAAAUUUGAAGUAUUCAGCUGUUGAAAUUGCCAGCAGAUGUUGUGUUGCAAUUUUUUUAAUGAAUAUUUUUUUUCAAAAACAGAGUGUUUUGUAACUGUCUUCCAUAUAGGAUUAUCAGAAAAUAUGAAUACAGUAUGUUAGCUUAAUGAGUUUUCUUACUUAUCAGUAGGUGUAGGGCAAUAAUUUUGUUUAUAGUUGAAUGUAUGUGUGGUGAUAUUGGUUUUAACCUCUUAGCAACCUCUUAGCAACCUCUUUGCAUGAACAUUGUUUAACCUUCAAUAUUACCUCUUAUUCAAAUCUAUGUAUUAAUUCAUGUACCAAUUUAAGUCAUGUUUUGUGCUUAAUAAAGCCUUAGUUUCUGAUGAUAAGGUUUAUUAUGUCAAUUUAUUAAGCACAUUUUACCAAGAAACAUUUAAUACAAACAAUGGACAAGUAUUUCAAGCCCGAGAGAUUUGAAGCAGAUCACACAACUGGGAAAAGCUCCUCACAAUGGAAUCACUGGAAGAAAACAUUCGAAGUCUUCACAGCUUCAAUCAAGGCUUCUGAAUCUGAUAAGCUGUUACUACUCUACAAUCACGUGAGUCACAGUAUAUACGAACUUAUUAGCGAAUGUACUUCUUAUGCGUCUGCAAUCGAAAAGCUAGAUUCACUCUUUAUUAAACCUAAGAAUGAAAUAUUUUCAAGGCAUAAACUAAUGAGCCGACACCAGCAACCUGAUGAAAGUGUAAAUCAAUUCUUACAAUCUUUGCGUCUCCUUAGCUCUGACUGCGAGUUCAAAGAUGUUAAAGCAGCAGCUUAUAGGGAUGAAUACAUUAGAGAUGCAUUUAUAAAAGGUCUCUCAUCGAACAGUAUCCGACAACGUUUGUUAGAAAACGCAACUCUUAGCCUGGAUGAAGCAUUUGCAAAAGCACGAUCAUUAGAAUCAGCUCAUAUAAUUUCUGAAUCCUAUAUUCCUAGCCAGACACCUUUAGCCUCAACUGAGCCGGUUCAGCAACCAAAUUCUCCUGUAACCGCAGCCAGCAGUAGUCAGAAAUGUUUCUUCUGUGGGUUCCCUCGUCAUCCUCGUUCUUCCUGUCCAGCGCGAGAAGCUACAUGCAAACUCUGUGGUAAGAAAGGCCAUUAUGCAAAAGUCUGUAGGUCAAUUAAGCCCAAAGAUCGUACUGCCGCCUUACCUGACUCUCCUCAAGACACAGAUGACUUCUCAACUAUUGCUUGCCUUCCUGCUAAGUCUCUGGUUUUCCCUACUAACCAAUCUAAUCAUAAUCGUAAGACCAAACCAACAUCUUCCAAAACAUCAGCUGCUUCUCCAACUAGCCUUUCCAAAACCAUUGUCAAACUGAAAGUAAAUGGUUUUCCAGCUGAAGGGCUAAUAGACACGGGGAGUUCGGAGAGUUACAUAAAUGAUGGUUUUGUCUCCAAACAUAAAUUAAAACAAUAUCCUACGUCAUCUGAAGUAGCUAUGGCAUCGUCCUCUUUGGCCAUGCCUAUAAAAGCUUAUUGUUCCGUAGAUUUACAAAUCUCGGACAAUAUAUACAGAAAAACAAAGCUUAACGUUCUAAACAACUGUUGCGCAGAUGUUAUAUUAGGGCACAAUAUCUUUAAGCAGCAUUCCACUCUGUCGAUAGUUUUUGGUGGUAAUAAACCUGAACUGCAAAUCAGUAGCUUAGCAUGUGCCAAAGUCGGUCCGGCCACCCUCUUCGAACACUAA